UUGAGUCUCGUGGCAGAGAAAUCGGCAAAGGAGAAAGGUUUUUGUUUUGCAGUCAUGGCUACUUCGAGUUCGGGCCGAGAACCGCGGCGAUCUGUGGGUACUUUGGGACAAGAGGAGCUGCGGAGAUUAAUGCGAGCCAAACAGCGCGAAUCGGCUGCGGGGAAAAGGAAAAUUGACUCUCCCUACGUUAGAUAUAACAGUUUGGGGAAUUUAAGUUGCUGUCUGUGCAAUGUGACUGUGAAGAAUGAACUGCUGUGGCAAACACAUGCUCUUGGAAAGCAGCACAAGGAGAAACUUGAAUCAAAAGAUAUUAAAUAUUCUACAUCCAAAUCAUUUACUGACACUUCAUCUCCUCCCAAAAAAAGAAAGUCAGAAACAAGAAUUCUAGAUCAAAAGAAAGGACAAGAUUGUAAUGACCACCCUCAAGCAGUUUCAUCUAAGCUGCCCCAAAAUUUUUUCGACAAAAUUGAGCAAACAGAAGUCGAAAUAGUCUCUUCAAAAGGUUCAAGUGCUGUCUUACUAGAAAAUUAUAAAACAGAGGAAGGAAAGAAAGAAGAGAUGACAAAAGAAAUUAGGGAGAGGAACAGCAAAACUUCAUUGUCAACCACAGCUCAAUUAUCUUCAGAUCUUGUUCCAAAAGCAGAACUUGUGGCCUGUUCGUCAACAGACUCCUUGGAGAACAAUGCUUUAACUACUCCUCAGCUAUCCCAUUCAGAAUCUGUACAGAAGGCAGAACCACAAGAAAAAAAUCACCAAAGAAGAGAUAACACUGCAGAGGCCUUACCAGAGGGAUUUUUUGAUGAUCCAGAAGUGGAUGCAAAGGUGCGCAAGGUUGACACUCCAAAGGAUCAGAUGGACAAAGAAUGGGACGAAUUCCAGAAAGCUAUGAGACAAAUCAAUACAAUUUCAGAAGCAAUAGUGGCUGAAGAAGAUGAAGAAGGGCGACUUGACCGUCAAAUUGGAGAAAUUGAUGAACAAAUAGAAUGUUUCCGUCGUGUUGAACAACUGCGUGACCGCCAGGAAAUAAGAAAAGAUAAAUUAAAGGAAGCCAUGAGUCAAACAGUCACACAGACUAAAGAAGAUGAUAUUGAUAGUAAUGAUGAAGGUGAAUUGCAGGACUUGCUGUCUCAAGACUGGAGAGCAAAAGGAACAAUAUUGUAAAUGCCUGAGAAGAGGAAAUAAUUUUAUAAUUGUGACUUUGUUCUUUUAUCGUGUACUAACACUUUUCAUA